GUGACUAGACCGCAGCCAGGAGGCAGCUCGGCUCCUCUCAUCCCGACCGGAGGCUUCAGCUGUCAGCCGAGCGGACCUGGCCAGGCUGCCCGGGUCUCCACCGACCAGCAGCAGCCUUUUUGACGCCUUUGUCGGGGGGAAACGAGGCUUCGGGACACUGACGCUCAUGUAUAUUUACCCAGUCGUGUAUCUGUGGGCAUAAGGACGGCAGGACCGAGCGAUGUCUGGUUUCACCAACCUGAACAGCUCCGUCAGCUACAGCCAGAACUCUACACCGAACGGCGGAGCUGCGCCCCCCUAUCAGAAUGGUCCAGUGCAGACGUACCCAUCCAUGUAUCCACCUGCAGGUUACUAUGGAGCCCCACCUCAACAACAGAGCUACUCCACCAUUCCUGGCCAUGCUGCUCCUGCUCCCAACAAAGCACCCACCACGAACAAUGCCCACAGUGCUAACUACUACCACAACAACCAUCAACAGCAGCAGCAGCAGCAGCAGCAAAACCACCUCCCUCAGCAUCAUGUAGCACCUUCGCCAUACAGUGCUCCUCUGAGCUCUGCCACUCCUUCUCAGCCAUAUGCCACCCUUCCCUCUGCAGCGCCACCACCAUCGAAUGCCCACUACAACCAACAGCCAUUCCAGCAGCAUCCACCCUACGCCACUCCAGGAUCCUACUAUGGACAGCAGUCAUACCAUCCUUCCCCAGCGCAGCACCCUCAACAACAGCAGCAGCAGCAGCAGCAGCAGCAGCACCCCAGCUUGGUUCCUGUGUCAGCUUGCGCCCCUGGAGCUCCCCUCUACCCAAUUGUUUCUUACCCGUCUGCACCAGGAAGUAGCCAGUAUGGCACCCUUAGUUCCUCCCAGAGCACUUCUACACCUGGAGGCCUGCCCACCCAGAUUUUGGGUGCUCCCUUACACCAGUACAGCGCUGCGCCUCCACCCUCCACGACAGCAGUGCAGCCUGCGUAUGGUGCGGUUCCCCCUAGUCAGACGGCACCAACAGUAAAUGGUCAAGGAAGUACAGCCCAAAACACAGUCCACCAACACUACACCCAAAGCCACCAGGCCUCUCUGAGCUACGACUCCUACAGCGGGGUCACUCAAAGCAGUGGUGGUGCAGACACAGAUCAGCCGCCCUCAGGAACACCCUCCACUUCAGUCCAUUCCUCUCCAGGCCACCAUCAAGGCAUGCAGUAUGGAUAUGUUGCUAAUAGUGGAGCUAGCUCUGCCUCUGCCACCACCUCAGGCCCAGCAGAAGCAGCCCCCUCGUCAUCCAGCUCUGAUGAUGAUGAGGAGGAGGAGGAUGAGGAUGAGGAAGCAGGCGGUGACACUUCCUCUUCCACUACUGGCAGUGCCUCUCCAGUGCCCAACAGCUACGAUUCCCUAGAAGGUGGUAGCUAUCCAGAUUCCAUGCCACCUUCUAAUGAUAUGGCCAACCAGGCUCAGCCGUAUGGUAGCUAUGGUUACCCCAGCAUGCAGUCAGCCUAUCAGCAGGGACCAGCCUCCCACGCCGACGCCUCACCCUCCCACGACCUGUACGGACAGUCGAGCUACCAGCAGUACUCUCAGCCAUUCCCCAACCUCUCCCAGCUGUCUGCGGCCCUGGGGGGGCUGAGCGGGGUGCCUGAGCUGGAGGUGGAGGCCCUGAGGCCGGUCAACCUGCUGCAGGAGAGGAACCUGCUGCCGCCAAGACCCUUGGAGGCCCCUGAACCCAACGUCAGCUCCGACCUUAAGAAAGUCAACUGCAGUCCACAGACAUUCAGGUGUACCCUGUCCAGCAUCCCCCAGACUCAGGCUUUGCUCAACAAGGCCAGACUCCCUCUGGGGCUCCUCCUCCACCCCUUCAGAGAUCUCCAGCAGCUACCAGUGAUCACAUCAAACACGAUAGUGCGCUGUCGCUCCUGUCGUACCUACAUCAAUCCAUUCGUCACCUUCCUGGAUCAGCGCAGGUGGAAGUGCAACCUGUGUUACCGGGUCAACGAUGUUCCAGAUGAGUUUAUGUACAACCCAGUCACCCGGUCAUACGGUGAACCACACAAGAGGCCAGAGGUCCAAAACUCCACAGUGGAGUUCAUCGCCUCGUCAGAUUACAUGUUGCGGCCUCCUCAGCCGGCAGCCUACCUGUUUGUGCUCGAUGUGUCUCACAAUGCCGUAGAAGCAGGAUACUUGAAGUACUUCUGUGAAUCGCUUCUUGAGAACCUGACUAAGUUGCCGGGGGAUAUGCGCACCAGGGUGGGCUUCCUCACCUUUGACAGCACCAUCCACUUUUAUAACCUCCAGGAGGGACUGUCCCAGCCGCAGAUGCUGGUGGUGUCCGACAUUGAUGAUGUCUUUAUCCCGUCUCAUGACAGUCUGAUGGUGAACCUGAAGGAGAGCAAAGAGCUGGUGAAGGACCUGCUGACGUCGCUACCGGAGAUGUUCAGCCAGAGCAGGGAGACCCACAGUGCCCUCGGUCCUGCCUUACAGGCCGCCUUCAAGCUCAUGUCACCAACCGGCGGCCGCGUUACGGUGUUCCAGACUCAGCUGCCGACGCUGGGUGCCGGGGCGCUGCAGUCGAGAGAAGACCCCAAUCAGCGUUCGAAUGCUAAGGGAGUACAGCACCUUGGCCCAGCCACAGACUUCUAUAAGAAACUUGCACUGGACUGCUCAGGACAACAGAUUGGAGUGGAUCUCUUCCUGCUCAGCUCGCAGUACGCUGACCUCGCCUCAUUAGCAUGUAUCUCAAAGUAUUCGGCAGGCAGCAUCUUCUACUACCCCUCCUUUCAUUACAUCCACAACCCGGCUCAGCUGGAGAAGUUCCAGAAGGAUCUGGAGCGCUACCUCACCAGGAAGAUCGGCUUUGAGGCCGUCAUGAGAAUACGAUGCACUAAAGGUUUAUCCAUCCACACGUUCCACGGGAACUUCUUUGUGCGCUCCACUGACCUGCUGUCCCUGGCUAAUGUGAACCCAGACUCUGCCUUCGCUGUCCAGAUGUCAAUCGAAGACUCUCUGGCAGACUCGUCACUGGCCUGCUUCCAGGCUGCUCUGCUCUACACGUCUAGUAGAGGAAAGAGGCGCAUCAGGGUCCACACACUGUGUCUGCCGGUGGUCAACCAGCUGAGCGAUGUGUAUGCUGGAGCCGACGUCCAAGCAAUCACUUGUCUGUUAGCCAACAUGGCUAUCGACCGGUCCGUAACGUCCAGUCUGUCAGAUGCACGUGACGCUCUGGUGAACGCGGUGGUGGACCUGGUGAGCGCCUACAAGAGCAACGUGUCAAACCUGCAGCAGUCCGGACUUGUCGUCCCUGCGUCCAUGCGCCUCUUCCCCCUCUACAUCCUUGCUCUCCUCAAACAGAAAGCGCUGCGGACCGGUGCCAGCACGCGGCUGGACGAGCGCGUCUUUGCCAUGUGUGAGUUUAAGACGCAGCCGCUGCAGCAGCUGAUGCGAAUGGUUCAUCCUGACCUGUACAGGCUGGACAACAUAACUGACCAGGGGGCGCUCCAUCUGAACGACACCGUGGUUCCCCAGCCUCAUCUGCUCCACCUGUCUGCAGAGAGGCUGAGCAGAGACGGAGCUUUCCUCAUGGACUGCGGCAACGUGUUUUAUCUGUGGAUUGGCAAAUGCUGCAACGAAAUGUUCAUCCGAGACGUUCUGGGCUGCCCCAACUACGCUUCAAUACCCCCCAACAUGAGUCACAUUCCUGAGCUGGAGACUCCUCUUUCUGAGAGGGUGCGAGCGUUACUCGACUGGCUGCAGGACAACCGAGCGUUCAGCUCCACGAUACACGUCGUCAAAGACGAUGCUUCAGCUAAAGCCACUUUGUUCCAGCACCUGGUGGAGGACCAGUCCGAGGUGGCUUCUUCCUACCGUGAUUUCCUGCAGCACAUCCAGCAGCAAAUUUCCAAGUAGGCUCCCAUCACGCCGAGAGAAACUUUGGCCACUAGAUUCCUGAAACCAGAGCAAGACAGGACUUGAGCUCGUAGAGUGAAAACUAGCGUUAGCCAGUGACGCUCACCCGUCACUCCCUCAGACCAAGUUUCAGCGAGGUGGGUUUCCUUCCCUUCCUUUAGUCUUAUUGAACAAAUCCAUCUUCGCGGCCCGUCGGUCAGCUGUGAUGUGACCGCCACAAGGGAAGGAGAAGGUAGUUGUAGAAAAGUAUAAAGAGUUACAGAAAUAAAUAAAUGAAGGAACAGUGUUUUUUUUAUUAUUAUUAUUAUUAUUAUUUUGAUUAAAUGAGUUAUUAAAAAUGCUCCUGCAGCGUAACCGCGCUGCCUCUUAACCACUAUGGAACCUGUUUAGCCUCUCGUCACAUCAGUCGCUCCAGGAAAAGAAGGGGAAAGAAAGUCAAGCCAAGAAGAUGCCACUUCAACAUGUUUAGUUCAGUUUGUUUUUGUGAGCCUAACAUGUAGCUAGUGCUGUUUUUUUUUUUGUUGUUGUUUUUUUAUUCUAUAAUUUAUUCCCUUCUCCUUUUCAUUUUGCGACUAUUUUGAAUACACUGGAGACCAGAAACAAGAGUUCGGUCUGUGCUUGGAAAACGCAUGUGGCCGUCUUGUCUGCUGCUAGUCUGGUGAUGAACUGCAGCCCUUUAGGAACAUGAUUCGACAGCGGUUGGACAUUUCAAACUCCUGUUGGCUGCUUCUUCUCUGCUCCACUGUGUGAACCCCCCGAGAAGUCGAGACCGACACCUGAUUUGGAUGUUAUCGUGCCCUUCAGUAGGCGUUAUCAUCACAAAUCACUCCCAUGCAUACAGGCCACCUUCUAGUGAGCUCAGUAGCCUGUUGUCACCACAUUUCACAGAGAAGAACAAACGUCUCAAUUUGGAGGUUGGUCAGGAGGCUUGUGCUCGAGUCUCACCGAGGACAGCUGCUUAUUUUCAUUUGCUGUUUGCUUCUGUUUUCUGUUUAAUAAAGUUUGUGUAUCAAAAGUACUUAGUUUUGUUUAGGCAUCAAACAUUCUUGGUUACAUUUACAUACCAAAACUACUGAAGAACAGAUUUAGAUAAAAACACACCCUGUCGCUACUUUAACCACGUUACAAAGCUUCGUUUUGUUUCCAUGGUGAUGUUACAGACACUUAUUCACAACACCACAGGAGGUCACCUACGUUACCGUGGUUACGCUGUGUUUGUCCAGUGAUCAGAACAGAUGACAAUUCGUCCUCACUGGUCCAUUAGUGUGUAUGGGAAUGGUCUACGAUGAUAACUGCCACUCAGUCGACUGAUAAAGUCCAAAUCGGUGCGAUCAAACUCCCCCCGUUGGCAAUCUUCUCCUUAUCCGUUUUACUUUUUCCAGGCGCUAACUGAAGUUGCUAUCCACUUUGUAACUACUGAAAAGAAUCUUUUAUGUGCGAUAAUUUAUGAACCAGCUUAUUAAAUAAAAACAAAAACAGAA